UCCCUAUUGAUCCUCUUGUUUGAAGAUCCGUGAUAAUAGGCUCGGCUCUCGAUUCAAGCUUGGCAUUCACGAGCUGGAUGAGGUAUCGGUUAGGUUUCAGAACGACAAAAUGCUAACAACAAGCUUUGUGCCCACAUGGACUUGUCUCGUUUCCAGCCACCCGGGACAAUCUCUUGAGCCAUGCGCUGGACCCCGGUCGACUAGUCUGAGACACGCCUACACCAAGACCAACAGUCUGGGAUCCUCUAGCCACACUUUAUGGCUCCAACAUAAUCGUCACCCCUCCGCUUCUUGCGCGCUAUUCCAUCUAGACCUAGGGCUGUCCGGCUCGACGUUGGUCGUGAGGCUUGCCUAGGGUCUAGUCGUGGUCCUCCAAGUGGAUGCCCAUGAUCCGCUUCUUACAGCUUCUGUCGCGAUGCCCGACCUCAUUGUCUCGCUAUCUAGCCGCAGUGGCGUGGUCGCCGCAUACUGGUUCUUCCUCCGGGCAAGAGAAGAAAACUUUAAUAUGCUUGUCCCCGAUUCCUUGGCUGAGUCUGGCGCAGAAACUUAAACACUGAAGCUCAAACAAGUUUGUUUAAUUGAACCAGUAGUUGCACUCUCUGAGGUUUGAUCCUCUCAUCUCAGACCUUCACUCACCACGAUCCUUCGAUCCUUCACUCCAUCCAUUCUUUCUUCUGUCAUUCGCUCAAUAGGUGCAACUUCCUGUCACUCCUUUAACCUGUCUUUCUUUGAUAGAGAUAUUCAUGGUUAUGAGUCUUUGAAACUUCACAGUCCUUCCAACAAAAUCCAUAUACGCGGAAUUGCUUCUGCACAGAUCUUCAAGACAGCCCAGUAACAGACUUCUUGUUCUUCAUAUACGACUUCUUAGGGUUGUUCUACAGCGGGCUUUGUCCCUAGACGCACAGUCUUUUAGAAUCUUGCUUUUGUACUUGCCAAGUCUUCGACAAGCACCGUCAAGAUGGGUAUCGGCAGUUACUUCAAGGCGGAUAUCCCGCCUCAGACACCGAUAGGACCUCCUCCCAGGAGGCCUAGCCACCGGCCAUCAAUGUCCCUUCAUGCCCCAAUCAUCGAGGAGAAGAUUCCUCCUGCUGCCGUAGUAGAGCUACAUUCAGCAGCUGGGCCCAAGUUCACUGCAGGCCCUCCUUCAAUUGCACCGUCAUCCAAAUCAGGGAACAGCAAUCUUCUCGAUGAUAUCAAGCAUGAGGUUAUGGUCAACUACCUGUACCAGCAGCAAUGCUCUCAACUCUGGGUUGGGGAUGGCUCUGGUGAAAUUGAGGGCGUUCUUCUUCGCAAGUCUCGGGGCCAGUAUAUGGCUUGCCCACCUCAAUUGGGACAAUCUCCUUUUGCAAUCGCUUGCACGGCUCUUAAUGUUCAGUGUGCGAUGACUGUCAACUCUCGUGUCAUCAAGACCUUCCUCCAAUGGUCUCCUGAUGCAGUGGAUGUUCCAUUGAUGAACGGCCUUCGUGUGCAGAUUCUGCCUACAGUAAAUGACCUCCCCCGAGCUCGUAAACAUCAGUUCGCGGCUUUCAUUGCUUCAGAUGGUCUUCUGGUUGUCUGGGAUGAUGAUGCACUGAACUUGAUGGCGCGCGCCAAGAUUAUCGAAUCAGAGCUUAUGGAGCUGGUAUGGAACUCUGGCCAGUCAAUUGAUGAAGAUGAGAGAGACUCUACUAUUGCGGCGGAGUACGAGAUUGAUGAAGAGAGUGGUGAGAUCAAGCCGGAAUCUCGACCAGUUCACCUGCAGAAUGCUGUCCUUGUUUCCCUUACACUCCUCCUCGUCAUGGCCUCCCUUGGAGCUGCGUGGAGGCAGCUGGCCGUGGAGAUAGCCAUCGAUGGUGACUACAAGCGACUUGGUCUCGUCGCUCUCUUCCCGAUCCAAAUAUUCUUCUCUCUUUUCUUCGCCCAAGUCAUUGUUGGUUGUUUGGCACAAAUCUUUGGUCCAAUUCGCCAACUGACUAUCAACUCCAAGUUCUAUUCAGCACGCCCGCCACGAAGACUCCAGGGAGCCACUUUGCCUCAUAUCACCAUCCAGUGUCCUGUCUACAAGGAGGGUCUGAAUGCCGUCAUUCUUCCUACCGUCAAGUCCAUAAAGCAGGCCAUGUCAACCUAUGAACUGCAGGGUGGUUCUGCCAAUAUGUUCAUUAACGACGAUGGCCUUCAGCUCCUCAGCGAAGAGGAACGUGAUGCCCGUAUCGACUUCUAUGCCGACAACAGCAUUGGCUGGGUUGCACGACCCAAACACGGCGAGGAUGGCUUUAUCCGGAAGGGCAAGUUCAAAAAGGCUUCAAACAUGAACUUUGGCCUCAUGAUUUCUUGCAAAGUCGAAGAGCGCCUACAGCUCAUCAAGCGCCCUGCCGAUUGGAGCCAGUCUGAUGAAGCCCUUGCUUACGAGCAGGCUCUCAAAGAUGUCCUCGAGGAGAAUGGCCGGGCUUGGGCUGAUGGAAACAUCCGCGUUGGCGACUAUAUCCUUCUCAUUGAUUCUGAUACUCGUGUUCCUACUGAUUGCCUCCUUGACUCUGUCUCUGAGAUGGAGCAGUCUCCUGAUGUCGGCAUCAUGCAAUUCUCUUCUGGUGUUAUGCAAGUUGUCCACACCUAUUUCGAGAACGGCAUCACCUUCUUCACCGAUCUUAUCUACACUGCUAUUCGUUUCACUGUCUCCAACGGCGAUGUUGCUCCCUUCGUCGGCCACAAUGCCAUCCUUCGCUGGUCUGCUAUUCAGCAAGUUGCUUACCAAGAUGAGGAUGGUUAUGACAAGUUCUGGUCCGAAAGUCACGUCUCGGAGGAUUUCGACAUGUCUCUUCGUCUUCAGUGCAAUGGCUACAUCAUCCGUCUCGCUGCUUGGGCCGGCGAUGGCUUCAAGGAGGGGGUGUCUCUGACCGUCUACGACGAACUUGCUCGAUGGGAAAAAUACGCAUUUGGCUGCAACGAGCUGCUCUUCAACCCUAUCCGCACUUGGUUAUGGCGCGGUCCUUUUACGCCCCUCUUUCGCCGCUUCUGCUUUUCCAACAUUCGUUUCACUUCCAAGAUCACUGUUGUUUCUUACAUCGGUACUUACUAUGCUAUUGGAGCUGCCUGGAUCAUGACCACUGCCAACUACUUCCUGAUGGGUUGGUUCAAUGGAUAUCUCGAUAAGUACUACCUUGACUCGUGGCAGGUGUGGUUCUCUAUCAUCCUUGUGUUCAACGGACUCGGUAACCUCGCACUUGCUAUCAUGAGAUAUCGCUCUGGCGAGCGAACUCUGGGCUAUGCCAUUUACGAGAACUUCAAGUGGACUCUUAUGCUGGCUGUUUUCCUUGGUGGCCUUUCUCUUCACGUGAGCCAGGCUCUUUUGGCACACAUGUUUGAGAUUGACAUGAGCUGGGGCUCCACGUCUAAGGAGGCUGAAUUCUCCAACUUCUUCAUUGAGGUUCCCAAGGUCUUGAAGAAGUUCCGUGUCUCUAUGACAUUGUCUUUGCUGGCCAUUGUCGGUCUCAUCAUAAUGGCUACCGCUGACUUCAUUCCUCAUUAUUGGCGGAUCAACGACUUUGUUGCAAUCCUGCCCAUGGCCACUGUCGCUGGAAGCCAUCUCAUCCUGCCUUUGGCAUUGAAUCCUGCCCUUAUGACCUUUUCAUGGUAGUUCUGGUUCAUGUACCGCCCCAAAAGCAUGUCUAUUCCUUUUCUUUCUUUUGUACUGUCUUUACAUCAGACCUUGAUUCAACGGAGUAUAGAAGGAUCAUACCCAGUAACAUUCGUUUUCGUGGCUAGGCUUUGAGAGCCUGCCUGUAUAUAUAAUAACAGAUAAAUUCUGAUUCAAAACGGAGGUUCAAUUGAAGUGGAUUGUCGAAUCAUUAUUGCUUAGAACAUUAACUUCUAUUGAUACAUAUUCCGUCACCUCGAUAUCAACAGUGACA